CUAACCUCAGCCAAUGGAGACAGCAUUGAAAAGCGACACCUAUUCCCAUCACCAUUAGAUCUAUUAGACGGUGCCCUUAAGCCUAUACAGUCUAUCCUACAUCCCGGCGCCGGACAGGCAGGUGGUAAUAGGCCUGCCGUUAUAAACGUGGAAAUCGAGCAGUUGUUGAGAGACGACAGUCGCCUCCAAUUGGCCGCAGAUUUCAACAACACAUUGAAGACAUUAAACAUCGACGGAAGCAAGUUCUUUGCUGUUGACCCCACUCAGCCUGGUCAUAGAGAAAUUCACCUGGCGUUCACGCCGUACGUAAAGACCGCGUUAUCGGUGGAUAAGCACUCGACAUGUGACGGAAACGCGGGCAUAACUGCCCUCUAUUUGAACACUACAUACGCCACAGACAUGGCGUGCAGUGGCUAUCAAUACAAACAAUUUCCCUUUGAGUACACGAUUGACGUGAACGGACAGCCGGAAGUCCUACCCCUCGCCGCCAUGAAUCAGGCCAUGGCGUCGGUGAACGGCCAUACAGAGGAAGUGCAUUUGGCGACCAUAUCCGGGGGCCGAUGCAAAGGGGACUUCCUAUACGUGCAGACAGUAUUUCUCAAAUGCCAUACAGAGGAAGUGCAUUUGGCGACCAUAUCCGGGGGCCGAUGCAAAGGGGACUUCCUAUACGUGCAGACAGUGUUUCAAUCGCCGAAUCCUUUACAAUGUGUCGACCACUCUGUCAAUAAGCUAUCAGUCAUACAAAUGGUCGCAACGAUCACCGGUACUAAUUGUAACACCGAGUGCUCACUGGACAGACCCGGCACUGUCACGCUCAAUUAUCAACGCGACGAUCUGAACGACCAAAUACUGGCCUUUGAGAUUCGCGGUGUAAAUGUCGAACGGGUCGACUACAACCAGUACGUGCCAAACGCCAAGGUAUUACUCGAGACCCUGAUGAGUGACAUAGAGGGCGCGCCCCAUAAAGAUUCUAAUGACUUGACGGACUACACGAGACUCAAUUUUCCAAAUAUAAAAGACCAGGAUGUUUUCAUGACGGUCAACAUGUGGUGUAUGUUUACCUUUCUCCUGGAUGAUUUCCUUGAGAGCCAAACGACUAAACUGGAGUAUUGGGUGAGUAAAUGGGAACAAAACAUAACGGAUGGCCACUCGUCUGGCACAGACUUUUUGGAUAUAUUUUUUAAUAACUUGCGCGCCAAAAUGAACAAGGUUAAGACUGGUGAUCAUAUGUACACAUUGGAUGAGUACGAUGCACUUAGUUAG